AUGUCGCUCUCCCAAAAAGGGAGCGCCACCAUUCUCGACGACCAUGAAACCGCCAUCCCCUCCAAAGACGACGGCGGCGACUUCCGCGCCAUCGACCCUCACUCGGGCGUCAAGCGCGGUCUCAAGACUCGACACUUAUCCAUGAUGGCCCUGGCCGGCAUCAUCGGGCCCGGUCUUCUCGUCGGAUCCGGCGGUGCUCUACAUUCCGGCGGCCCUGCGUCGCUGCUUAUCGGCUUUGGAGUCAUUGGCCUCAUUGCCUUUUCCAUCAUGCAGAGUCUGGGCGAGCUGACGACGCUGUACCCCAGCGGAGGCGCGUUUACGGAUCUUGGGGAUAGGUUUAUUGAUAAGGCGUUUGGUGUGGCGGUCGGGUGGAAUUAUCUUAUCAUUUGGGUUUGUGUCCUGGCGAACGAGUAUAAUGUGAUUUCGAGCGUCAUGGUGGAUUGGAGCGAUAAGGUUCCGCUUUGGGGGUACUUUUUGAUAUUUUGGUUCGCAUUUUUGGGCUUCCAACUCCUCGGUGUCGAGACGUUCGGUGAAGCCGAGUUCUGGCUGGCGCUUAUCAAGCUUAUGGGCCUGGUGGCCUACUUCAUCUUUAGCAUCGUUUACGUUUCCGGAGGCGUCAAAGGCGCAGACACCAUCGGCUUCAAGUACUGGCACGACCCCGGCCCCUUCGCCGAUGGCUUCCGUGGGGUCGCCUCCGUCUUCGUCUUUUGCUCCACCUUCUACGCAGGUGUCGAAUCCGUCGCCGUAGCCGCCACCGAGACCAAAAACCCGGGUGUCGCCGUCCCGCACUCCAUCCGCCAAGUCUUCAUCCGCAUCGUCGUCGUCUACAUGGGCUGCGCCUUCUUCUUCGGUUUGACCUGCCCGUCGAACGCCCCCGACCUGUCCGGCGGCGCCAGCCAUGCCCUCAAGUCGCCCAUGACCAUCGCUCUCCACAACGCCGGCUGGGCAAACGGCACCCACCUGAUCAACGCCUUCAUCUUCGUUACCUGCUUGAGCGCCGUCAACAGCUCGAUUUACAUCGGCAGCCGCACCCUCUUGUACAUGGCGCAGGACGGAAAGGCACCCAGGUUCCUCGGUUGGACGGAUCGUCGUGGCGUUCCUGUUUACGCCAUCAUCUUCACCAAUGCGUGCGGAGCCCUUUCGAUGAUGAACGUCAGCACGGGCGCAAGCAAGGCGUACGGGUACAUUAUUAAUCUGAGUGGUGUCUCGACCUUUUUGGUCUGGGGCGCCAUUAGUCUGAUUCACAUCCGCUUCCGCGCCGCGUGGAAGGCGCAGGGACACAGCCCGGACGAGCUGCCGUAUAAGUCCUUGUGGUACCCAUGGAAUGCCUACUUUGGCCUGAUUUCCAAUGUCUUCUUGGCUUUUGUGCAGGGCUGGUCGACGUUGGCUCCGUUUGACGCGGGCAACUUUGUGGAUGCUUACAUCCUGCUGCCAUUGUUUCCUGUGAUUUACUUUGUGUACAAGUUCACGUUCAAGACACGGUUGUGGCGGCCGCAUGAGGUUGAUCUUCAGGCGGGCAGACGUCGGGAUCUUGAUGAGGCUAAGGAGGUGGAGAGGGGGGCGGAUGGGAGGCCAUUGCCAUGGUGGAGGAAGAUAUUUUCCAGUCUAUAACUGCCUGUUGUUUAUGUUAUGUCAGCAAUGCCAAGUGUGAGAGGAG